UUCAAGCAAACAAAAUACGUAUUUACUUAAUACCAGUUGCCUUUCUCCUGACAAAAGUUAGGUCACAACUGAUUUGACAAUACAAGACUUCACAGAUCUAGCGUCAUGACAGCGGGGAAUAAGAUAGACUUGCUUGUAAAAGACGAUGGGUCGACAGAGGCAUUGGUGGCAACUAAACCAGUCUUGCUGAAACGAAGACAGCCAACUCUGGCCCAACGUUUUUCUGUUGUCACUUUGACAUGCUUGAUCGCUCUUUUAGUAUGCGGAGCAAUCACUGCGUACAUGGUGUACCGCGGGCACAUGCGGCAUCUUUUCGUUCCGCAGCAUAAAAGUGGUAUGUGGUGUGGCACCACCUACCAAAUGAAUGGAAAUUUAGAAAGAGGGGAACUGGAAUUCAACACAACAGACCAGUCGGAAAAGUUUAUCACUAAGAACACAGAAGCUACCAUGGACGGAUUGGAGGGCAAAACAGGUAUUAAACUAAUUGCACCGGAUAAGAAGGAGAUUUGUCUUGUACGAGAUGAUUUUAAAUACGGCAAGGCUGGUCCACCACUUCUACCAAGAAAAGAACUGCUUGAAAAAUUUAUGGAACAGGAUCGGGAACUGGACGUAGUUAUGGACGAUAAAAUAUGGAUCGCCGACGGCAAGAUUAAUUCCGAUUUCGAAAUACCGCCUAGCAUCCAAUUCACGUGCAACGGCAAGCCUAUAUUUGGCAUGCGACCAAUGACAGAUGCUGACUUCAUGAUCCCAGAAAUGGACGAUGAUGAUUUGAUGGGAACAUUAAGUAUUGGAGAUGAUUAUAAAGAUGAUCAUCCCGAUUACGACGUUGAAAAAAGGGGAAUUUCUGAGGACAAUGAAUACACUCCUACAGAAGAACCGCCAAGUGACGAAAACGAUCCGAGUGACGAAAACGAGCCAAGUGAAGAAAAUGAACCAGAGGCACCAGGCCAAGACGGUUCUUAUAUAGGGCAGACACAGACUGACUAUGACCUGCCAUGUUGUAACCAUUGCACAAGACCGCACCUACAAUGUAGCCAAGUAUGUGUCCCUCUUCAAACCCCAAACUACCCAUACUUCUAUCGCAACUGUAGAUACCAGCAGUGCGUUGUCUACAUGCCGUGCUCCUGGUGGCAUGCAAGGGUACUUGGAGCAGUUUAGACACCUAUAUAUUAGUACCCUGGGAAAAAAUGCACUAUAUAGUGCAAAACAUUGAACAGUAUUAACAUACAGGCACUAAGACUAAUGGUUUGUGUGUCUAAGUAUAUUCUGUUAUAUCAAGCUUUGUAUAUAUAGCAUUUGUCUUCUAAUUUUAAGCUAGCCUUUAAUUCAACGCUGAAUUUUUUAAACAAAUAGGUUAAACCAUCAGGCCUACAUUUUUCCUAUAAAACUUUUUCUUCACCAUCUUUCAACUCACUCUUUCUGUAUUAGUUAGUGACAUAGGUGUAUUUGUUUUUUAAACUUCUUACAAAAUCUGGGAUGACAUUGUUAAAAGUUACACUCAUAGUUGUUAAACAUGGGGAACCUCAUUGAUUAAUGUGGUGAAUACUGUAUGGUUUUGCAAUGCUUGUUUGUAGUCACUUAACAGCAUGGUAAAACCUAUUUUAAGGUGUAAAACCUAGGUGCUAAAACCCACUAUGUCACCACUGCUUCAAAAAUGAAUAUAACUCUUUAAUUUUGUAUUCGCUUUAUUAACAAAGUAGCCACAUAAAAAGUAGCAAAAAUUAAAAA